ACCCUAAUUAAAAAAGAAUUUAUGUAAUUUUAAUAAAAAAUAAAAACGACGAGUUAAAAAAAGUCAAUAUCGAUGUUUUGCUGAAAACAUGAAAUUACACUAACACAAGGAUAGCUUUCUGGGCUUCAUCAUCGCGCAACAUCUUUUAUAAUACAGAUUUUCGUUGUAUCGCCAACUACCCAGUAGACUCUAAACUCGAUGCCAAAUUUCUAAUUUCUUAAACAUUAUGCGCUUAUGUAUGUCGGCGAAUAGAAAUUGAAUACAACUGUCACCAAAUUACUUAGAAGUUUUUAUAUUAUGUGUAUGUGAAUAUAUAGAAAAAAAAAAAAUAAAUAAAUAAAUAUUUUUGAAAAAUAAAAUUAUCUGAAUAUGCGUUUAGCGAAAAUUUCAAGUACAAAAAUAUUGAAAAAUGGUGCACAAAAAACAGAACAACAACCCGGUAAUCAGCCGCAAAACAAUGAUUACUCAAAUAAAUCUCAAGGCGGAAAGGUUAAGCGCAUCAGCGGACCCCUUAGUCUCCUCAGUAGUUCGAAUAGUGGAAGUUACCGCAAUAGUUUACCAAGUGUAGUUAAUGCCAAUUCGCAGAGCUUUGGCAACGGUAGCUGCAUUUCUUUGCCAUCCGUCGCGAAUUCCAACACUCUCAGUAAACGUGCGCUUGGUGGUAUUAUUGGAAAACGACGUAAAUCUAAGACAACAAAGUGUUUUAGUAGCACAGUGUUUCGCUGUUGCCUUCCUUGUCGCGGGGGCAGCGGCUCAGCAGCCCCCGCUACAAGUCCCCCACACACGCCUACCUUGCACAGCCCAAACGGCAAUACUUGUGAAAUAAAAUCCCGUAAGCAUUCAAGAAAAUCCAGUGACUUACCCGACGUUGAUGAAUCUUUCCUUGCUGCAGCAGCUGCAUCACUAAAGAAACAUUCUUUGGCUGACACUAUAAACACUUCAGCUACUACUCCUAUAUCAUUAAAAACUUUAAUAAACGACGAAGAGGAAGACUUGGAAGCACCACAGCUGAGUGCGGUUGAUAUCGCAACCGCUACUCUAGCAUCGGGCAUUUUACCUCGCAAAGCAGAGCCUGAAACACUCAGUGAUACAAGCAUAUCGCCAACGGCAGCUGUUGUACAAAUAGCCGCAGGUUCGGCUUCUGCUAGUUCAUUACUCUCCACCACAACCUCAUUGCUGUCGGCAACAGCUACCGGUACCGCGACACAGCCUUCUCCAAUUGUUCCGCCUUCUAAAGCGAGCGAAACUACUAUAUUAGCUACUGGUACAAUAGCGUCAACCAUAGUUAGCACUGCGUCAACGGCAGUUGCAGUAGCUACAGCCGCAGCGGGUACUACACCACCGCGUUGCUGCUGUCCACCGCAGACCUCACCUUUACCCCAUAUCAAAGAAGAAGAAGAGUCUGAACAAUUAUUUAAUCGCCAACAUAGCACUGGUCGAGACGACGACUACACAGAGUCUUCUUCUGAACGACCGCAACUUGAUCAACUAUUACCUUAUACCACCAAUCCUAGUGGUAGCAGUGAGAGUUGCACCUCACUCUCAGCGACCACUGCCGGUUGUACAACACAAGACUUUAAUACAUCUACACCGUCGCCCCGCAUUAAGCUCAAAUUUCGUAAACAACAUAAGGCGGGCUGGUCACGCAUUAUCUUAACUUCCGGUGCCACCAGCUAUGCUGCUAAUUCAAGUGAUACCUUAGCUUCCACAGGUAGUAACACGAAUAAUAGCAGUAGUAUUAGUGCAGCAACUGUCAGUGCUACUAUUGGUGCUCAUCAUCAAAAUCGUUUAAUUUCAUCACUGACCUCAGCACUUGGGGUUCCGCAAUCGUCCAGUUCGCAGUUAUUGCCUGCCAGCAAAAUGCAAGCCGAACAGGGCUCAAUCGGUGAUUUACAAAAGUAUCACAGUCGCUACUUGAAGAAUCGACGGCAUACGCUGGCAAAUGUUCGUUUCGAUGUAGAAAAUGGCCAAACUGCAAGAUCUCCGCUUGAAGGCGGCUCACCAAGCGCCGGUUUGGUAUUGCAAAAUCUUCCGCAACGUCGCGAAUCGUUUCUAUAUCGUUCCGAUUCAGAUUUUGAAAUGUCACCAAAAUCUAUGUCCCGCAAUUCAAGCAUUGCUAGCGAAAGGUUUAAAGAGCAGGAGGCCUCUAUCUUGAUUGACAGAUCCCAUGGCGAGGAUCUCAUUGUGACACCAUUUGCCCAAAUUUUAGCCAGUUUACGUUCAGUACGCAAUAAUUUAAUAAGUCUGACAAAUGUUCCGGCACCUAAUAAAUCUAGGCGACCAACACAAACAUCAUUGGGACGCUCCUCUACCGCGGGUAUGCAAUUAAAUCAAGGCGAUGAAGCAUAUACACGUUUGGCCACCGAUACCAUCGAAGAACUAGAUUGGUGUUUGGAUCAAUUAGAAACGAUACAAACGCAUCGUAGCGUCUCGGAUAUGGCUUCACUCAAGUUCAAACGCAUGCUUAACAAAGAGCUAUCGCACUUUAGUGAAUCCAGCCGAUCCGGAAAUCAAAUUUCAGAAUACAUUUGUUCAACAUUUUUGGAUAAACAACAAGAAUUCGAUUUGCCGUCAAUGCGAGUCGAAGAGAAUGUUGAACAUAGCGCAAUGCCAAUACCUCAGCAACGUAGUCGUUCGCCGCGUGGCCCUCCCAUGUCUCAAAUAUCUGGCGUUAAAAGACCAUUAUCGCACACAAACUCAUUCACUGGUGAACGUUUGCCCACCUAUGGCGUUGAAACGCCACACGAAGCCGCGUUGGGUCAACAUUUGGCCGAAUUGGAUACAUGGGGUAUUGAUAUCUUUAAAAUUGGCGAUUUAAGUAAAAAUCGCCCACUCACCUGUGUAGCCUAUACAAUAUUUCAGAGUAGAGAAUUACUGACCAGUCUUAUGAUACCACCGAAAAAUUUUCUUAAUUUUAUGACUACUCUGGAGGACCAUUAUGUUAAAGACAAUCCGUUUCAUAAUUCAUUGCAUGCGGCCGAUGUGACACAAAGCACAAAUGUGCUGUUAAAUACUCCCGCUUUAGAAGGUGUCUUUACACCGCUGGAAGUGGGCGGUGCUUUAUUUGCAGCCUGUAUACACGAUGUUGAUCAUCCUGGUUUAACUAAUCAAUUUUUAGUUAAUUCAAGUUCCGAAUUAGCCUUAAUGUAUAAUGACGAAUCUGUAUUGGAAAAUCAUCAUUUAGCGGUUGCCUUUAAACUAUUACAAAAUCAAGGAUGUGAUAUAUUUUGUAAUAUGCAAAAGAAACAACGUCAAACAUUAAGAAAAAUGGUUAUUGAUAUUGUAUUAUCAACUGAUAUGUCCAAACACAUGAGUCUUUUAGCCGAUUUGAAAACUAUGGUAGAAACUAAGAAGGUAGCCGGUUCUGGUGUAUUAUUGCUGGACAAUUAUACAGAUCGCAUACAGGUUCUUGAGAAUCUAGUCCACUGUGCCGAUUUAAGUAAUCCGACGAAACCCUUGUCCCUCUAUAAACGCUGGGUCGGUCUCUUAAUGGAGGAAUUCUUUUUGCAAGGUGAUAAAGAACGUGAAUCGGGCAUGGAUAUUAGUCCCAUGUGUGAUCGUCAUAAUGCCACAAUCGAAAAAUCGCAGGUCGGCUUUAUCGAUUAUAUUGUGCAUCCGCUAUGGGAAACUUGGGCCGAUUUGGUACAUCCAGAUGCCCAAGAUAUUUUAGAUACGCUUGAAGAGAAUAGAGACUAUUAUCAAAGUAUGAUACCGCCAUCACCACCACCAUCAGCCACAGAAGAGCAAACAACGGGAACAGACGAUAAAAUACGUUUUCAAGUAACUCUAGAAGAGUCAGAUCAAGAAAACUUGGCAGAAUUAGAAGAAGGUGAUGAAACUGCCGGUGAAAGAGGUGAUGACAAUAUGACAACAGCGGUUGAAAGUAAACCAUCGGGGAGUCAAAAUCAAUCUCAUAACGCUGGAAUGUGACGGAGAGUCGUGGGAUUGUAUCGCAAAUUAACGGAAAAAGCGCAAAAUUUUUUGCUUAUACGUUAGUGACUUUAAAACUAAAAACU